GCGGGGAAACGAAACCGGAUGGCUAUGGGGCCGGCUGUGGCCGACGCCACCGUCCUCAGGAGCCGCCCUGCCUCUCUGGGAGCCCUGGGCGGUAGAUCAGCCGUGCCGUGCGGGGGUCGUCAGGGCCCAGCGGGGGCUCCCGUCCGGCUGCUCUGCGAAGCGGUCUGCAAUGCCCGCAGUUGUUUCUCCGUCCGUUCCCCUCGAGGUCGUCAGCCCCGGGCCACCCGGUCGACAGGGCCCCGGGGACUAGCCCUUGCGCUUGGCGGCUGCGGCCCCCCAGCUGUCCUCCACUGCCCGGAGCGUCGUGCAUUUGCUCUCUGGGAGCUCUUUUCGUCUGCCCGAUGGGAUGCCGGUGCUCGCCUCGCAGGGCUGUUGUGGCCGUUAAGGAAUGAACAAAUUGGAAGUGGUUGGUGGGACCCUGACAUUCCUUUCUUUGGAUCUAUACACGUCAAUGCGUCCUUGGGCUGCGCCCCAUGGGCCCCGUUGAGGCGUCUGGCCUGCGGCAAACUUGCAGUCCUAAUUUGGGGGAGGCGGUUCUCACCCUCGUGGUGUGACGAGUCCGGAUCACCCGGCCCAGCCCUAGCGCUAGGCCAUAUCUCAGCAAGCAUUAGGCUCUGGGCCCUGGGUGAGCGGCCAUAGGCCCCGCCCUCGGAGUCGACCUCAGCCCCGAUUUUGCGUGUUUGGGAGCUUUGAUCAGCUUUUUCCUCCGUGGUUAAUUUGUCACUUCUCAAGGACCAGUGUACAAGUCGUCCCUGAAAGGGCCUUCCUUCUGCUACUCUUCACCCCCUGGUGUUCGUCUUGCGUCUUCCUAUGUCCAUACUGGAAUUUACAGGGGUUUUUUUUGAGAGCAGGUCAUGUAUACACUGAUGGCGACAUCCUCAAAGCAAAAGAGUACAGGUUCUGUCACAGUAUGAGAAAGUGCUGGUUAGACUAAAUCAAACCCUUUGGGUGUGUGCGUGUUUGAGGGAGCCUGCCUGUCCUGGCGUGGACGUGUACGCAUACAUUGUCGUUCAUGCAGUCUGUCAGGUGUAUCAGGGCUGAGGUGUGUCCAGGCCCCCAGAUGUCUGACUGGGCCAGGUGGGAUGGACUGAGAACCCUGAGGCCACAAAUGCCUGACAGGCAGAGCUGAAAGGCAGUACUUGUGGAUGGAUGCACCCCACCAGUGUCUUUCUUUUCAUAGCUCAGAGCCCUGGCACUGUGGAGGAGAUUCUAGACCGGGAGAACAAGCGGAUGGCCGACAGCCUGGCCUCCAAGGUCACCAGGCUCAAAUCGCUGGCCCUGGACAUCGAUAGAGACACGGAGGACCAAAAUCGGUACCUGGAUGGCAUGGACUCGGACUUCACAAGCAUGACAGGCCUGCUCACGGGGAGCAUGAAGCGCUUUUCCACAAUGGCACAGUCUGGGCGAGACAACCGGAAGCUUCUGUGCAGUAUGGCCAUGGGCUUGAUUGUGGCCUUCUUCAUCCUCUCCUACCUCCUAUCGAGGGCAAGGACAUGAGCCAGUGGGAGCUGGCUUCUGUGGAUGCCCAGGAAAACCAGGGCCUUCCCUUGCCUGGUGUCCUGGACUCCAGAGGACCUACCAGCGAAAUAUGUCUUUGAAAUGAUGUUUGUGGCUUAGGAAUCUUCUUCCUGUGUGGCUGGGAGCCCACAUUUGUCUGACCCGACAAACUCAUGUUGGCUGUUGCCAUGGGUGCAAGGGGCUCUUUCUCUUGGGGAAACCAAGGUCCAGCCCCCUUUACCACCCUGGUGCCAGAGAUGCUGGCAGAGCCAGGUCUGAGCAGAGUAGCUGGGAAUGCUGAUGGGGCCACCUGAGGCCAACAGCCCUUCUCCUGCCCUUGGGGCUCUGACAUCUCAAGCCUCCUCUGCCUCAUUCUUGUUUGCAUGAGGACAUGUCUGGUGCCUGAAGUACUUGGAGCUGACGCAGGAUGGGGUAUGGCCAUGAAUCUCAAAUCAGUGCCAUUUUCUCCAACCCAGAGUCCUCGACCCAGAGAUGGGGGCUACUCUUGGCCAGGGCUGUGGAGUGCGGGCGGGCCAGUGCUCAGGGUCUCUGCUAGGUCUCUGUGCCUGCCUUGCAGCCCCCCAGUGAAGCCACACCCUCGGGGAAGGGGAGGGCCUGUGGAUGGAGGAGUGUACUGGGGCUCUGGCUGGAGACACCCGGCCUGCACUUCAGACCUCACAGCCACGUAUCUGGGAGCAGAAACACUAGGGCUCAGUGUCUACCCAGCACCAUAGAUGUAUUUCUGGGAGAUGUCCAGAAAGGCUCAUCUGGCAUUUCAGAGUCAGGCAGGGUGUGGGGGGCCUUUUUGGGUUAAGAUAGGAGGCUUUUUCACAAAGGAUUCUUUUCAUAGGAUCCAUAGGUCAUUGCCUGAGGGUCACUGGUCAGUUCUCCCUCCACCAAGGCUGCUGCCACGUGCGCUUCACCUUGCUAUGAGGGAGCUCGGAGCCCCCACUGACCCCGGCCUCCGCACACUGCUGUUCCCGCCUACCUCUCCCUGGGCCUUCAUGGCCCACUUGGCUGGCCUGCUCACAGGAACCGAACUGCACACCCAGCUGGACCAGCGGCUUCUUGUCACCCUACAGUGAGAGCCUGUCUGCACCUGAAAGCACUGGCUGGCUGCUGUGUGUCCCUCUCAGGCCUCGCUCCCAUCUUCUGCCUUCCACUGGGAACUAGCAGCUCACUGCCCACCGACACGCUCUCACCGCAAGCACCACACAUGAGCCACGGCUCCCACAGCCCGCCCGGCCCUGGUCGUGGCCCUGUUCCCCCUCCUGGCCCUCCCUCCUCUCCUUGUCCGCACACCCUGCUCUUCCCUCCGCUCACGGGCUCCCCUCACACCGGCCGGCACCUCAGCCUUCUGGAGGCAGGGGAUCCAGCUCUACAGCACGGCAGUGAAGCGCACCUGCGUGCACCUGGGGCUUUGCCAUUUCCGCCUCAUCCUUGACUCUCCUUGGCAGGUCCCGUGGUCCUGCUCACAGCCACGUCCCUGUGCUCCAGCUGUGGCCCAGCUGUCUGCUCAACUUGUAUUAAGCCUCACCACACGCCUGUCCAUGGUCACCAGACCCCAUAGCAACUGCCUGGGUGGUGUCUCCAUCUGGCAGCCAUAGGCACCACAGACACCUGAACCCGAGCUCUGUGUCCCCCACCUUGUCCUGGGCCCGUGCCAACCUCAGUUUCUGAGAGCCUGGCUCAGCCGUGCCAGCACGCCACACCUGAGGAUGCCGCUGUGCCGUGCCCCUCCUGCUGAUGCAGUCGGCAGGGUAGGUCUGAGCCUCGGGGGGCCUUGAGAACCGCGUCCCCUACCGCAGGCCUCGGGGGGCUCUGUGCUCUCCACCUCCGCAGCUCUCUGCAGCCCUUCCAGCUCUUCUGCGGUCUGGGCUUGGGUGCCUUUUUGACUUGCUCUUCUGCUUCUCAUUCUUGCGUAUUAGGAUGAACUCAGUGAAGGGGGCGUGAGGGGUCCCGCAGGGCCUGCACCCUCUUGCUCAGCCCUGUACAUUCAGCACCUGAUCCUGGGUUACUGAUGUUGAUGCUCGAGGCCAAUAAAACAAAAGGGCCUUGGCUCAGCCUGUGCCACACGAGGAUGGCCACCAGGCUCUACCCAUCAUUGUGGACAGGACACUGACAAUUACAGUGGAAUAAACAGCUCUGUGAUGAUGCAAA